UAUACUUUUAGUUAUAGACUGUAUUAACUAUGUUGCCUCUUGCUGCAAUAAGAAAUGUAUUACUAAAAAAGAAUUUGUCUGCUGCAUUUACAUUUUCCAACUAUCGACCAAUGUCAGAUGGACAAAACCAAUAUUAUGAUAUAAUAAUAUCUGGUGGUGGACUCGUUGGGGGUGCGAUGGCUCAAGCAAUACAGUCUAGUUCUUAUCUCAAAGACAAGAAAACUUUAUUGCUUGAAGCUCAACCACCGCCAACGACGAAGGUAAAAUCAUUCCAAACUUCACAACCAUAUAGCAAUCGUGUUAUUGCAAUAUCUCCAUCUUCAAAAAAAUUGUUACAAAAACUUGAUGUAUGGGAUAGCAUUGAAAGAAAACGUCCAGUCUCAAAAAUGCAGGUUUGGGAUGCCUGUUCUGAUGCAAUGAUUACAUUCGACAAAGAAGAUGUUGCAGAUGAUCUGUGUUACAUUAUUGAGAACAACAUGAUAACCUCAAGCAUACAAAAUAUUCUUGAAAACAGCACUAUGGGACAUUUAAACACAAUAUACAACUCAAAAAUUAAAUCAUUUACUUUGCCAAGAAAUUAUGCAAGGGAUGACCCAAACAAGCCACUUCCGAAUGUUAAGAUCGAAUUGGAAAAUGGUGAUGCUCUUGAGACCGCUCUUUUAGUAGCUGCAGAUGGGGCACGGUCAUUUAUUGCACAGGAAGCAAAUAUAUCAAAGGUAGCAUGGACAUAUAAGCAAUCUGCCGUUGUUGCAACACUGGUACUGGAGGAACCCACAGAAAAUUUCCAGGCUUGGCAAAGAUUCCUUCCUGAAGGACCCAUUGCGAUGCUACCUUUAGAUGACCAGCACAGUUCACUAGUAUGGAGCACUUCCCAUGAGCAUGCAGAAAGUCUUUGUCAUAUGAAUAAUGAUGAUUUUGUGGCAGAAGUUAACGAUGCUUAUUGCAGGGAGUAUCCAAGACAUGAAAUUGUUGACAAAAUAGGAGGGGCGUUCAAAGAUCUAAUGAAGGAAAUUAGUAACGAUCAUGGAACACUUAUGAAUUCUAUGCAGUUGCCACCAGUAGUAUCAACAUUGCAAGGUGAUAAAGCAAAAUUUCCAUUGGGAUUAUCUCAUUGUAAUGAGUAUGUGAGGCCAAGAUUGGCAAUAAUUGGAGACGCUGCGCACAGAGUUCAUCCGCUUGCUGGUCAGGGUGCAAAUUUGGGGUUCGGUGAUGUUGCAUGUCUAACAAAAGUGCUGGAAACAGCAGUUUAUCAAGGAGAGGAUAUAGGAUGUAUUUCCCAGUUAAUAGAAUAUGAGAGCGAAAGGCAAAUAAGAAAUGUAUCAGUUGUGGGCACCUUGGAUGCGCUGAACAAGUUAUACUCAACAGACGCACUUCCAGUUGUACUUCUUCGUUCUUUGGGGCUUAUGGGAACAAAUGCGAGUAAAUAUAUCAAGAAACAAAUUAUUAAGCAAGCGAUGAUGUGAUGGCGUCAGAGAAAUUUGUUUGUCUAUUUCUGGACUGUUUUUGCAAUUCAACUUUCAGCAUCAAAUAGAGGAUUUUUCUAUUUCUGUAUCUCCAUUCCCUGGAAAAAUAUUUUAAUGGUAUUUCGCUCUAUGAUUGGUUUCUGAGAAGAUGAACAGGACUCACCUGUCAUACUGGGUGUUCAAAGUGAUUUUGUUUCAAAAACAUUUUAUGAAAGACUGCCAUGUCUUCUGCAUUUGAAGUUUGUUUCGCAUCUCCUUUAAUUAUAGAUGAUGAAAAUUUCUUGUGAUUUUUAAUAUAUUCUUUUUUC